AUGUCCAAAAGACCCGUAUUGGAGGAGGUCGAUGACGACAUCGACAACAUGGACUUAGACAUAGCAGAGUUUGAUCCAUCAUUAAAAACUCCUGUUGCACCUUUGCGUCCAGAACCUACGGUAACCAGAUCACAAGACCUGGAGCCUCCUCUUUUCCCCAAUAUACCUUUGCCUAACUUAGACCAGCCCAUACAGCAUCAAGGAAUCCGUGCUACCAAAAAGGAUAUCGUGAAUCCAAAUGACUUUUCACAGGAGGAAAGAGACCAUUUGAAGAACUUCCAGAUAAUAUAUCCCUGCUACUUUGAUUUGAACAGAUCGCACAAGGAAGGCAGAAGAGUCGCCGUUUCCAAAGCUGUCGAAAACCCUUUGGCCAAAACAGUCUCUGAUGCUUGUCGUUCGUUCAACUUGCCAGUUUUGUUGGAGUUGGACAAAACCCAUCCACAAGAUUUUGGUAAUCCAGGCAGAGUCAGAGUGUUGUUGAAAGAUCAAGUCAAUGGAGGAAAGAUCACCGACUCGAGGUUCAAGACAAAGAGAUCUUUGUUCAACGCCAUUGCCGAAUACUUGGAAGACCACCCGACCACAGUAGAAAGCGUAGGUAAAAAGAGCGGAAUUGCCUUCCCUCCGGAAUUCGAGACUGGCUUUGAGCCUGAGGAAAUCCCCCUCGUUAAAGGUUUCAAGAUGAAUACCAUCGUUCCUGUUCAUUCCAACUUCACCCUCAAGCAUCCUAUGACCAAGAGUAUCUACGAUCCUCUCCCUGAACAGCCGGAACAGGCCAAGUUGCCCAAUGUUCCUAAGCAACAGAAGAAGAAGGUCAUGAAGAUCAGAGGUUAG